AACCAACGAGGCGUUAAGGCAUAUUAAUAAUGUGGUGUGGUUAGCGGUGUCACAUUGAAAAAAAAAACGAAGCAUUGGGUUUGCAUAUAAAGUAGCGUUCUCUUUUGGUUGAGCAUAAUUGUAUUAGUUAAAACGGGCUCUCAUUUGACCCGUCACUACACUUUAAAACUAAACUAACUUUGUUCCACACGCAUACAAGUGUAGCAAUUGACCUUUUUAGUUUUUUUUUUUUUUUGUAGUUUUAAAAUAUUUUUAUUUUAUUUAAAUUUGAUUUACAAUUUUUUAAUAAAUAUUUUUUAAAAUAAUAAUAUUUUGGUAUUAUGAAAGCUUCGCCAUUUUCUUUUAUUAAUAUUUUCACUAAAUUUUGGUGAAAAAAAAAAAGAAAAAGAAAAAUGAGUUUAGCCUCUCUCCAUAAAAAAAAGGUACCAGACUCACGAACACGUCGGAAAAACUAGACUAAACGUACCAGAAAGUGAUCCAAGACGGUCUCCGGCGCUCUUCAAUCAUCAGAGAAAAUCACAAAUACGACGUCACUUUGUCGACUUCCAGUCACACUCACACUGAACACACAGAAGAGUCCAAGAAACGCAAUCUGCAAAUUUGUACCCUUGAAUUUAAUUUCAACAUUUUCAAAACUCCGAUUUAUUUGAAUUUUGUGUAUUUGGGAGGGGAUUGAUUCUUGAAGCUCAGAGAAACCCUAGCAUCUCAGAGCGGAGAAGAACAAAGAUGCCUCAGGUGAGGAUCAUAGCGAAGAAUUUCAUGGACAUGGUGGCCGCCUUGCCCUCCAUGAAGCUCGACAAGCUCUACGAAAAUGCUUUCAUCUGCGAGGCAAUUCUCAGGUCACUGCCACCGCUAGCCAAGAAAUAUGUCUUGCAAAUGCUAUCCAUUGAAGUUCCGGUGACUGCCAAGUCAAUGGAGGAGUGGGUGCUUCCUGAUGGGGUCUCAAAGCAUAGAGUUGCAAUUGAUCGCCUGAUUCAAUUGAGAAUAUUUACAGAAACCGUGGGCAGGAAGAGGGAAGCAACUUACACCUUCAAUCCUAUAUUUCAGACUAAUCUCAAGAAGCUUUUGGUACAUGGUGUGGUUUUGCCAAGAGAACCAAUGCCUUCAAAUAUCACAGUGAGGCUCCCUAGCUUGGAGGAUCUUGAGGCUUUUGCCCUAGAACAAUGGGAGUGUUUCUUGCUGCAACUUAUCAACUCAUCUCAAAUUGAGAGGCCAUCGAACAUCAGUUCGUCUAUGAUGAAAACAUUCCAGCGAGGUCUUUUGAGUCAAAGGGAUAGAGAAGCUCCGAGAUUAACUGAAAGUGGUUUCCAGUUCUUGUUGAUGGAUACAAAUGCGCAACUAUGGUACAUCAUUAGAGAGUAUAUCUCUAACUCGGAGGAGCGUGGGUUAGAUUCUGCAGAUUUGAUUUCAUUCCUGCUGGAACUUAGUUUUCAUGUUACAGGCGAGGCAUAUAACAUAAAUACGUUGAAUGAGAGGCAGAAGAAUAUAGUCAAGGAUCUUGCAGAUUUGGGGCUGAUCAAACUUCAGCAGGGCAGGAAAGACAGUUGGUUUAUACCUACUAAAUUAGCUACUAAUCUUUCAGUUAGCUUGACAGACUCAUCAUCGAGGAAACAGGGAUUUGUUGUUGUAGAAACAAACUUCAGACUCUAUGCCUACUCAACAUCUAAAUUACAUUGUGAAAUUUUACGUCUUUUCUCAAGGGUAGAAUAUCAACUUCCAAACCUUAUUGUUGGAGCAAUAACAAAAGAAAGUUUGUAUAGUGCUUUUGAAAAUGGCAUUACUGCAGAUCAGAUAAUUUCUUUUCUUCAGCAAAAUGCACAUCCACGUGUUGCGGAGAGAGUACCAUCUGUACCUGAGAAUGUCACAGAUCAGAUUAGGCUGUGGGAAACAGAUCUGAAUAGGGUUGAGAUGACUCUAGCUUAUUAUUACGAUGAAUUUCCAACCAGGGAUCUUCUUGAGGGUACUUCUGACUUUGCGCGAGGCUAUAAUGCUCUGCUAUGGGAGGAGCCAGAUUCGAAAAAGAUGCGUUUAGUGGUCAAGGCAGAAAACCACACGCACAUGAAAGAAUAUCUUAGCCGUCAAAGGCAGUAGGUCCGUUAUCAGUUCUGCACAGCUCAAUACGAUCAUAUCCUGGAGAACCUUGCUUGCAGUCAUACCUUCGGAAGUAUUAACAUUAUCAGAAAACGAGGCAGAGAUCGAUUCUGUUGAAAUCGGAUGGUUGGCAUGUUGCAGCGAACAAUCGCAAGAUGAAUGCGGAAUUCUGGUAAUUUUGGCUGAAUAUAUCUAAACACUAGGAGAUGGAAUAUGCCGUGGGCAAAACGGAUGAGGAAAUUUGAAAAAUUGGAAGAGAAAAGUAGUAAUUUCCCUGCUUGUAUUAACAGACAGAUUAUGAUCAUUCAAUUUUGCUUUCCAGUCAUUUCCAAAUCAUGUGUUAUUUAUUGGGAAGGUUUUAACGUUGUGUAUUGAAUUUCGCCGGUAAAUAUUUUGUUGAUAUUGCAAUGUACAUGGUUCGGCUGAAUAUACAGUCGACGUGGUUUACGAA